AUCAAUGCUGCCUUUACUCUUCUAGCUGGAAUGUGGUGGAAAUCUUGGAAGAGAGAGGCCUUCUCUAUCCCACACCACCGCUGCAAUCCACCGUACUGACCUCCCUCCUCUCAGUGUCUACUGUGGCUUUUCGACCCUACCUCCGAGACUCUCCACCUUGGUAGGCUUCUCGCCAUUAUCGUUCUCUCUUGAUUCCUCCGCUGAGGCCACGACGCACCCGCCUUCUUCGGGGAUGGCACCGGACGCUUUUACGACCCCUAUGGCAAGAGCCACGGGAGGCCCCAACUCGACCCCGUCUCCCUGGACAGGAAUAUCUGCCUAGAGCAUUCUGGGAAGUCCGUCUACGCCGUCUUCUGUCAAGAUUUUAAGCAAUUACCAUUGGUGGAAAGACGUGAAGCUGCUGGAUUUCCUGAGGGAUGUCGGAGAAUUCGCGAGGUGGGUGCCAUGAUGUCUAACGAGCGCGUCCGGAACAGUGAAUCGCAGAAGGGAAUGAGUUAGACCGAUUCACCUACCAGCUAUUCCAGGCCUACGGUUUCCUCUGUCUUCUCCGCGAUGAAGGUGUCACCUUACCAGUUCUAUUAGUAAUCCCUCCCCAUCUCCGAUGCUGAUGUUAUUAUCAGGUUUAUCAAGAUUCUAACUUUCCUCAGCGUGAAAGAGAUUUCGCAGAUUGAGAGCGAAAUGCUGAACCCAGCAUAUCUACCCAAUACUGGUUAGCGCAGGCUUGCCGAGCAGGUAACCCGUUUCGUCCAUUGGAAGAGGGAUUGCAUGGAGCGCUCAAGGCUACGCAUGUCUUGAGGCCUGGUCAUGCUAAAGUUGGCUUAAUUGGAAAACCAGAAACUAUUGGAGAAGAUGUUCCUCACUUUUCUCUGCGGCAAGAUCAGGUGUUUGAACCUUUCUCGUUUGGAUCUCUCAGAUCUCUCUCGGUCUGUAUCGACUUGCUUGAGAGUAAUUGGCAGCCUGCCGUCUUCUCAAGCAAGGGGAACUUAUUUGAACAACAGAAUUGAUAGUGAGGCCAAGAGAUUGAGCCUGAUGGCAUUGUUGAUGCCAUUAGUUGUACUCUGGGAAGAAGAACAAGAUUGACUGUGAGAAUAUCGUGAUCUUUCUGUAGCUAUGAAUUCUCGAUUCUUGAAAUUGGCCUGCGGGUAGAACAUACAAAAUCUUGACCACAUCUUAUGCAAGAAAACAAUAUUUUGCCUCACUUUCUUAUGCUUAUUUCUCCUGUAUUACUUGCUCUACCUCAAAGCUAUUUCAGACGAUCACCAUCUCUACGCUCUGGAAUCAUAGAAGAUUCGAUAUUUUAAGCAGAACAUGCCAUAUGUUGACAUCCUUCAAUUUCAUCUUGCAGUAUGUUUUAAACUCAUAGAACGUUGGCAUUUGAUCUGAAACUCUUUCAUAUGGGCCACAGUUGUCCAAGCUUCAUCUUUUGUGAAGGUUAAUAGGCAUCCUUUUCACAGUGAAGUCCAUAAUUGUACUUAGAUGAACUUACUAAUUCAUCCCUGUGGUUGAUAUGAAACAAUUCUUGCAUACAUCUUCAACGUAUCGUAUCCAGGGCUUCUCUUUUUCUUUUAAGUUCUGCAUGCUCCUCUGCGAUAUUUGGUUUUGUGUUUGACUCAGUUGCAUGAACCCGUGGGCAAGGCAGGGGUGUACCAACUACCAAGCAUUUUCAGUAGAAGGGCUUGCUGGGCCCUCCGAAUUAGUUAAAGAAAAGGAACAAAAGCCCAUGAUUUCUUUAUUAAAGAAAGGGAAAAAAGAAAAAGAAAAAAACCUAACCUGAGUCAAUUUCUCUCUCCGCACCAGCAGCGACGUUCUUCUUCGACCUGAAGCGAUUUUGAGUUGACACAGGACAGAGAGAAUCUGAUAGCAAUGAAGGGGGCAAUCAAGGCUGCUGUAGCUGAUGGUGUGCUAACUUUUAUGUGGAUUUUCUCUGCAUCAUCACUGGGUGCUCUGACAUAUCUUGCUUCUUCUGCUCUGGGUUUGACUGAGGGCCUUGCUAGUCUUCUCAUCACCACCAUCUUCAUAUUUCUUCUCUUGUUCAUAUUUGGAAUCAUCGGUGAUCUUUUAGGCGGUGCCACCUUCAACCCCACAGCCACCGCUGCCUUUUAUGCCGCCGGAGCUGGUGGCGGGGACUCUCUGGUCUCUGCUGCCCUCCGCUUCCCUGCCCAGGCAGCUGGUGCAGUGGGUGGUGUGGUUGCAAUUUUGGAGGUGAUGCCAAUGCAGUACAAACACAUGGUCGGGGGUCCUUCUUUAAAGGUUGACAUGCACACUGGAGCAAUUGCCGAGGGCGUUUUGACUUUCAUAAUCACCUUGGCUGUCCUCAUCAUUGUGCUUAGGGGUCCAAGCAAUCCACUUAUAAGGAACUGGUUGCUUGCUGUGUCAACUGUUGCACUAGUAGUUGCAGGUUCCAGUUAUACAGGACCUUCCAUGAACCCUGCAAAUGCAUUCGGUUGGGCUUACAUAAACAAUAAGCACAACACAUGGGAGCAGCUCUACGUUUACUGGAUCUCUCCCUUCAUCGGAGCAAUACUUGCUGCAUGGGUUUUCCGUUUUCUAUUUCCUCUCCCGACGAAGCAGAAGAAAGCUUGAAAGGCGCGUAAGUAGAUUUAGGGUUUGUGGAUAUCAGAGAUUUUCAACUUGUAUUUUCACCUCUAAUGGAUAUCGUAAUGGCAUGUAUUUCCUUGAUUACUAUUCAACUCUAUUGCGAAUAGCAUAGUGAAUAAGUAAGCGAUAUUGCCUCGUCUGUCAAUUGUAUUCACAUCCAAAUCUCUACAUAUUUGUGUGAUACUUGUCCUUGAAUUGUAGAAUACCUAUACUAUGGACAGGUAGGGUUGGAAAAUAAUCAAAUUACGCGAUGUUUGAUUUCAAA